AUGUAUGUAAAGGGAUUAACUCAUUUAACCUCGUGGGGCGGUAACCAGGGAAUACGCCUAGGCUACCAAGCCAAUUCAGUCGAGAUAUCUAUCAUGCAAAGUGUCAAGCUGAUUAUGCAACACGCUGUACCCCCAAAACUUAUCUUCAAACUCCUGUUCUCCUCAUUUAUGAUGGCUGCCAUUUCUGGUCGAAGCACAUUAAAUCCACUCUUGCUUCCUGAGAUUGUUGGGUUGGUUGUUGAAAAUGUUCCCAUGGUACCAGAUCUUUUAAGUUGUGCCUGUGUGAACAGCAUUUGGAAUGUAGCAGCUUUGAAAAGGCUCUACACGGGCUCCCUGAAUGACAUGCAGUUCUGCACACCUGACAUUGGGUCACUUAAUUUUCUCUUUGUGGCAUCACGGGAGCGCUUCGCCCGAAACAUGAGCUUCGUGAAGCAUCUUCUCCUUUCUCCAGAGGCACCCGCUAUUGAUGGAGCCGCAUAUCCAGAACAUAGGCUUGCGUGCUUCGAGAAAUGUCGUGCGAUGCGUCAUCGCCAAUAUGCCGAGCUCCUUCUACGGCCGAAAGGAAGGGGCCUUGAAAGUCUCACAAUCCCCUUCGAGAUCGAUGGUCAAGAUUGGUCGCUCAUUUCCGACCUUCUUCUCACUCCAACUGUUGAGUUUUUGGCUAUUGAUAACUACUAUUGUGAGCUCUUGACGGCCGGCUCCAGUUAUUCCCGAGAACCGAUCACCUCCGCCGUAUCGUCUAUACGGACGAUUAUCCACGGACCACGCACGGUAUCAGGGGCCUUGGGAAGAUUUUCUCAUUUUAAUUUAGCGCAGUUCGGCCAGAAUGGACCGAAAGUAAAGAAAGCAGUCGGGAAACAAAGAAGAAAACAAGGCAGCUAUUAUGUAGAUAGGAAAAUCACAUGUGCAGUGAAUAUUAUAAAGUUUCAUAAAUAUAGGCAUCUAAUUACAUACAAUCCUUCAAAAAAGUAUACUCAUAGCUUUUCUUACAAUUCAAGACCACAAGCCCCCAAAGGAGUGGACCUGAAGGGGUUUCCAUAUAGGCACGGUCGCGUGUUACAGUUUGUUUACGGCGGACGAAAGCUACCAACAGUAAGUGGGUGCAGUUUGUUGGUAUAUGAAUCGGACUCGAUGGCACUAGGGUGGUAUAACGGCUUUCACCUCGGAGCCAUCAGACGUAAACUGGUAAACUCUGUGGAUAGUUCUAAUCCUAAGCAUUCAGGUCUGAAUUAA